AUGGUGGAAUUUUCAGUUUGGACCUUCGUCUUUGGACCUGUGUUUGUCAGAGAGCUGAUCUCAAAUGCUUCUGAUGCGUUGGAGAAAAGAAGAUGCGCUGAGUUGACCGGCCAGGUUGCUGAAGGACCUAGUGAAAUAAGGGUUACCACCGAUGAGGCUCAACGUACGAUUACCUUUGAGGAUACUGGAAUCGGAAUGGAUAAACAGGAUAUGGUUGAAUGUCUGGGGACAAUCGCAAAGUCCGGUAGCAAGGAGUUCAUCGAGAAAUCGAUUAAAAAAGCAGAAAUUCAGAACAAAGAGAAUGCUGAAGCUGUGAUCGGCCAGUUUGGAGUAGGAUUCUACUCUGCGUUUAUGGUGGCGGAUUCGGUUGUUGUGACGAGCAGAAAAGUGGGUCAGCCGGAUGACAAAGGACUGAAAUGGACAUGGAACGGGGGCAAUUCGUAUGAACUCGCUGAUGAAUCGGGUUUACCGACUGGUACUCGCGUCGUGAUCCACCUAAAACCAGGAGAUUCAGCUGAGUUUUGCAAAGCUGAUAGAGUGAGAGAGGUCAUCGACAAGUACUCUUAUUUUGUUGCCGCUCCCAUUCUUCUCAAUGGCGAAAGGGUGAACAGUCUGAAUGCUAUCUGGACUUUGCAACCAAAAGAUGUAACAAAGGAAAUGCAUGAGACCUUUUUCAAGCAACUUGCCAAGCAACAGAAUCGUCCUCAAUUUCAGAGGCCUUGCUAUACUAUCCACUACAAGACUGAUACUCCUAUAUCGGUCCGAUCGGUGCUGUACAUACCGCAACAUAAGUUUUCUAUGCUAGAGUACGCGGCUCAAGCUCAGAAUAGAGACUGCGGUCUGUCGCUGUAUGCUAGGCGAGUGCUGAUCAAACCCAAUGCAAAGGAGCUUCUGCCAAACUACCUCCACUUCAUUAUGGGUGUCGUAGACUCAGAAGACAUACCCUUGAAUCUUAGCCGUGAAAUGCUCCAGAACAAUCCUUUGUUGAGAAAACUGCGCAAGAUUCUCACCGACAAGAUCUUGAACUACCUGCACAGCGAAAUGAAGAAAGAUAGUGUAAAAUAUCAAGAUUUCUACAAGCAGUACGGUCUAUUCUUGAAAGAGGGCGUUGUUACUGAAAUGGAUCAUUCCGAUAAAGAGUCGAUCGCGAAGCUUAUGCUUUUCGAGUCGUCUAAUCUGAAAGCCGGUAAUCUGACGAAUCUGUCUGAAUACUGCAAAAGGAUGCAAGCGGAUCAAAAAGAGAUCUAUUAUAUGUUUUCGCCUAGCCGACAUUUGGCGGAGUCGUCACCGUACUUUGAGCUGGUUAGGUCUCAAAAUAAGGAAGUAUUAUUCUUGUACGAGCCUGCUGACGAGGUUGUUUUCCUCGCUCUACAACAGUUCGAUAUGAAACCUCUGGUAGGUGUAGAAAAGUGGGCUGAAAGCGCUGCAGCAAAAGAAGGAGACAAGGAGAAAGAAGGAAAGGUAUUUCGUGAUGCUGACAAGAAGGAUCUACUAGACUGGAUCAAGAACACUUUGGGUUCAGUAAAGGUGCAUGAAAUCGCCGGUAAUCAUCGACCUAGCGAGCAUCCUGUGAUGCUUACGAUCAAGCAUGAAAUGGGUGCCGCUAGGCACUUACUUCGAACUGGAGAAAUCAAGGAUAUGGAACAUCUAGUGUUCCUCCAACCGUGCCUGCAUGUAAACCUCUCACACCCUUUGAUCAAGAGCUUGUCAAGUAUGAAGAGGACGGAUCCAAAAACAGCUGAACUGCUAAUCUCCCAGGUAAGCUGAUG